AUGCAAAAAGUGAACCUUCUUUUGGUGUUCUUGGUUGGACCCAUCUGGGCUCGUGAGAGAUUUCACAAAUUCAAAGAUGAUGGAGCCGAUCCAUCGGAGACUGCUGCCGCGACCCUUGUGGAUGCUUUGCAUGAACCGCUUCUGGAAUGCUGGCCAAAUGAAACAAAAUUUUAUUAUAACCGUGCCAUCGACAAGACCGGAAAAACAAUCGCCGCAAUACUAGGCACGUUUUCCAAUCACUGGGCUCAAUCUGGGCAGCCACAAAAAAGUUUUUGUAAUACUACGAGAGAGGCGUGGAAUUUUUGCGAGUUUUGCGUAAGCCCAACGACUUUGACAGCAAAAGAAACGAAAGACUUGGUAAUGUUAAUAGUAAAUCUAUGGGUUUUGGACGAGAGCAACGAGAAAUUCGAAAUUUAUCCCCAUUUGAACGUUAUCAAUGAAAUUCCUCAGAUUCAACAACCACCGGUUGUAAAUUGUGAUCGACAUUUGGGAGAGAAGGCGGUCAACUUGGUCACACUUGUGACGCGUUUGGGUGGAAUUUUCAUGCACAUACUCGAAGCUCACUCUAGUGAGGGCUUGUGUCGAAAGGAUUCGAUUGAAUCGGUGUGCUGUAUUGGUCAACGUCUCAAUUUUUAUAAACUAAUUACUCUUACUGCAAAGAUUGCAUUGGACUGGGCAUCUGGUUGGGUGAUAUGGAAA